AUUUGAAUGUUUUUUUUUCUCUCUCUCUCUAUCAAAUGAAUCACUGAUGAUGAUGAAAAGAAACGUAAAGAAAAUCAACGCGAUUCAUACAAUCCGUCAAUGUUAUUUUGAAAAAUCAAAAUCAAAUAAUGAUUAGCUUAUUCAAAUUUUAUUAUCAAUUUUUUUUCUUGUUUUGUUUUUUGUUAAGUACGAAUAAUCAAAUGAUGCCGUUUCCAAAUGAUAUGGAUCCUAGCAAAAAAAAAAAAAAUAAAUUAAAAAUAAAAAUGAUCAACGAUCGAUCAAUAUUUUUUUUUUGAAACAAAAAAACUUGUUGUUGUUUGUUCUAUCGUUUUUUUUCGGCAAACAUUCGAUGAUAAUGGAGACUGAUACAUAUAUUCAAAUCGAAUACCAAAAAUCAAUUACAAGAUAUUGGUAAAGCCAUUUGGUGUUUAUGUGACAAAAUUUUAUGUUUUUUUUUUCUACACUCUGGUUUUUCUAUUGCUGAAUGACAUCCUUUUUGCAAUGUGUUGUUCAACAUUAUCCUAAGCAAAUAAUACAUGUUCAAUUUUUCUAUCCUCUACUACUACUGGAUUUCCGGUUAGAUUGUCCAUUUGUUAUUCUUUUUUCAAUCAUUUUUCCUGAAAUUUGUAUUGUCUCUACUAAAAAACGGAAGACGAAAAAAGGUUCAAUGCUCACCGUUCAAUGAUUAUUUAUUCAUUAUCAUCAGGCUGAAUUUAAUCUUAAUAAUAAUGAUUAAAUCGAUUCAAACGUUUAAUUGGCCAUUUCUAUUGUUAAUUAUUUUGGCUAUACUGUUAAUUAAUCCAUUCUAUUUAACAUCAUCAUCAUCUUCAUCGUCAUCAUCGCUGGUAUCGGCCAGAAUUCUUGCCGGUGUGACUAUUGAAUCAGCACCAUUCAUUAAUGUUGAAAAUAAUAAAUUUACCGGUUUCUGUGUGGAUCUAAUGAAUUUGAUCGAAGAAUUUACUGGCCUUAAUUAUAGCCUUUAUCUUGUUGCUGAUGGUACCUAUGGUUUCGGUAAUGAACAUACAGGAAAAGUAUCUGGACUUAUUGGUGAUGUCUAUCUCAAAAAAGCUGAUUUUGCCAUCGCUGAUAUGACCGUAACAGAAAAACGAAAACAAUAUGUAAAUUUCACUGAACCAUUUUUACGUUUCAGUUUUUCAGCCUUAGCACGACGAUCAUUAGUAAAAAAUCUACAAACAAUGGAUGAUCUUGCCAUAAAAUCUGAUCUAGCUAUUGGAACAUUUAUGAAUGGCAAAACAAUGAUUAAUAUGCAAUUAGUACGUGAUAAAAUACGUAAUGUACAAUGGUUAUAUGAUCAAUUAUUACGCAAUAAAACGAAUCUAGUGACACGAUUAGAUGAAGCAAUGUAUAAAAUCUAUCAUGAACGUUAUGCAUUCAUACAGGAAGAACCAAAAAAUCUAUAUCUAGCAUCAAAAGAUUGUUCAUUGAAAAUGUUAAAUGAUCAAAAUCUUUAUGUACCAGGUGAAUAUGCCAUAGCAUUCCGUCAUGAUUCACCAUACAUACAAAAAUUUAAUAAUGCAAUCAAAUUCAUCAAAUAUAAAGGCUAUCUAAAAAGAUUGAUACGAAAACAUUUUUACAAUGCACAAUGUAUGAAUAGCGCUUAUAGCCAACAUUGGCAACAACAAUAUUUUUAUCAAUUAAUCAUAUCGGUCAGUUUAACAUUAUAUUGGACAAUACAUUGACGAUAAGAUUGCAAUUACAAUCAAACAAAUAAAAUCAUCCAUUUUUGAUUAUUAUCAUCAUCUU